GGAAAACCUCCUAGGGUUUCAUUCAUUCUAGGGCUUCACCGUUCCCUCAUUUAAAAACGCGGCCGCGACAAGUUUCCUCCCUGAGCCUAAAACAGAACUAGAGAGCUUGAGAGAGAGCAAGAAAGUGAGGACAAGAUGAAGACGAUCCUUUCUUCCGAGACGAUGGACAUCCCCGAAGGCGUUAGCAUCAAGGUUAACGCUAAGGUGAUCGAAGUUGAAGGACCAAGAGGCAAGCUCGUUCGCGACUUCAAGCAUCUCAACCUCGAUUUCCAGCUCAUCAAGGACGCCGAGACUGGGAAAAAGAAGCUUAAGAUCGACUCGUGGUUCGGAUCUCGCAAAUCAAGCGCAUCCAUCAGAACCGCUCUUAGCCACGUCGACAACCUUAUUACCGGUGUGACCAGAGGUUUCAGGUACAAGAUGAGGUUUGUGUACGCUCAUUUCCCAAUCAACGCAUCUAUUGGUGGCGACAGCAAGUCCAUUGAGAUCCGUAACUUCCUUGGCGAGAAGAAGGUCAGGAAGGUUGAAAUGUUGGACGGUGUAACCAUUGUUAGGUCUGAGAAGGUUAAGGAUGAGAUUGUUCUUGACGGUAAUGAUAUCGAGCUUGUCUCUAGGUCAUGUGCUCUCAUCAACCAGAAAUGUCACGUUAAGAAGAAGGAUAUCAGGAAGUUCCUUGACGGUAUCUAUGUUAGCGAGAGGAGCAAGAUCGUUGAAGAGGAAUAGACUCUUUAUUUCUCCGUCAUCUUUUUAAUGUUUAGUUUGUUGUUCACAGACCAAAAUCCACCCGUGUUGCAAAACUCGGCUUAUCUAUCCCUUGUCUUUUUUGUUCGAGAUUUUAUUUUAUCACAAGUUUUUGGAGACACUAUUGUUAGUCUUUUUUACCCAUUUCUCUUUUGAAUCGCCUAAUUAAAUCUCUCAAUUU